GGCCUUGGCCUUCCAAUUCAUGUCUGCCCAAGAAUCAGCAAUGUGGCCUAUUCCUCAUGCUGCGGCGUCCUUGGAGACCAGGCCGAUGGCAGUGGUGCAGACUGGCCUCGACAGCAGACCUUUGUGUGGAACUCCAUGGUUUGGCUGCUCGAGGAGCCCUCGCUGCAGCAGAAAGGCGGCUUUCUGUAGAAGGGCUCCCAGGACAGAGCACUCCUGGUGCUCUUGUAGCAGCAAGCUGCUUACCGCCAAAGUACCGCGGAACAAUCUUUCGAUGUUUGCUCCUGGCCGCAAUCAAUGCUGAUGAUGCAGAUGCGGCCUCCAGGUGGCUUACUGGCUUUGCCCGUUUCCUUCCAGAUGCGUCCAGCAGAAUGACAACGCUAGAAGAGAGAGGUCUCGAGGAGAGAGGCCCUUCUGGACUUGAGGUCCUUGGACGACUCCUGGGCGUGGUCUCCGAAGGUGGCCCACAAGCAGCAGAAAGGUGGUUUCUAGCCCUGGAGGGUUCCGGUCCUUUAGCCGAGCUUCUGCGCCAUCGUGUGAUGGUGAGAUCAGGAGACUUUUCUUCUAUGGAGAGGAGCUUGGCCUGUCUGCCAGCCCUUCAAGCACCAUGUGAAGAUCGUGCGACGGCAGUGGAACAAGCACUGGAGCGCAUUGCAAAGGGUUCAGAUCCUGGACGAGUUCAUUUGUGGCUUUGGCGCUUUGAUUCCAUGGCAUCCUUCAUUGACUAUAUCCCUGGAGUGGCAGAGUGCUCGUCCGCACUACUGGCCGCUGCUCGGAUGGGUGAUGUGCCUCGAGCAGAAUAUUUCUUGCAGCGUUGCACAGGUGCGCGGAGCUUGCGCUCCUGGCUGGCCAGUGCGACGAAGGAGCAAAUGGUUGAGAUGCUUGACAAUUUCAACCUCUUGCUCUUCUCCUGUGCCAUGGCACACGAAGCUGAGCGAGCACAGUUAUGGUUGCAGUGUCUUCGUGAAAGACAUGAGCCCAACUUUCAGAGCUUCUCGCACGUGAUGAAUUCUUGUGCGGCAAUUGCUUCUACAAGGACCACAGAACACUAUUUCCAAGAGAUGAUUCGAUCGCAGAUUGAAGCAACUGCCAAUGAGUAUACAAUCCUUCUGCGCGCUUGUGGAAAAGUUGGUGACUCACGACGGGCUUCCUGCUGGAUUUCGCGUAUGGAGGAGGCCUGUGUAGAGGUGGAUGUCUUUGGCUUGAAUGCUUUACUGGCAGCUCAAGCUGGAGAAGCGGACCACACAGCUGCGCUGAAUUUGCUGGAUGAGAUGUGCGCCGGAUCACAGCCUGCCAUGCCGGAUGCUGUGAGCUAUUCGUACGUGGCUUAUGCUUUCUCCACAGCUGCAUUGUCAGCCUCCAGGCGACAGCUGCUGCAGAACGCUGAGGAUAUUCUGCUUCGUAGCCGGGCUGCCAUGCUGGAGGUGGAUGGCAAUGCCUAUCGUGUCUUGCUUCGCAGGAGCGCACGCUUGGGUGAUGCUGAACGAGCUGGUCGCCUUUGGCGUGACAUGAAGCUUCUCGACCACGAUCCUGGCACCUCUGCUCUUCUUGAGGUGCUGCAGGCGGCCAGCAGUGCACCAUUCUUGGGCCUGGCACAGGAAGCUUUUCAAGCUUUGCCCGCAACACAUGAGAGAAGAGAAGACUCCUUGCUACUCGUUAUACGGCCAUUAGCAGAGCUUGGAGACUGGCGUGGCAUUGAGCGCAUGCUUCAGAGGUGGGGUCCAGGACCACAGACGGCUGCAGUGGCGAGGUUGCAACUGCAAGCACUUUCAGAAGCGGUGCCGAGGAAGCGUCAACGAAGUAUGGAGGCUGCCAGCAAGCUUCUACUUGCGGGGGAAGGCAUUUUGGGUGAGACAGCGGAGCUCCUCCAUAGAGCCUUGGGUGGCGGCCGAAGCAGUGCGUCGGCAGCGUUGCCAGUACUGCUGGGCCCACUGCAGCAGAGGCAAGCUGCGCUCCUCUGUGCCAGUCGGACAAAGGCAGCUUUGGACUUGAACGACCCUGAGCGAGCAGAGGGAUGGGUACGCCGGUGGGUUCUGCUGCAGGACGCCUUGACCUUAGACCACUUUUUUCGGCUGGGAGCCAGCCAAUAGUGUUUGGGGAACUGGUAUUCAGUCCACUCCUCUCGUCCGAAAGCUGGCACUCAUAGUGUCCGACCAAGGCAGGUUUUGUGACACACGAAUCUGCGCGAUAUAGUGUGUUCGUGUAUGUUCGUGUAUGCCCUCUGCAUGCUGGUUGGAAAGAGCAUCAAACCGAUUUCGUGCACCAGUUGCAUUUAUUUGCAGGCUUUGUUUUGGAGAGUGGUAAGCGGGCGUGGCAUUGAGAUUGAUAUGUACAUGCAAUUAAUAUGCUCCAAGAUUGAAAUGUAGAUCUAGCUCACAGAUUUGAGAUCCCUCCAAGACAGGUGCUUCCCGCAAGAUUUCUUCCAAACUGAAGACUCGGCAUGCUCAACGGAGACCCGUAACAAAAUCUUCUUGAUGCAUUUGCGAUAUCCUGCACCUGCCAUGCAUCUGCCACGCACUUGCCAUGCCAACCGAACUUGAUAACCCCUCAGAAAACGCGCAGAGAGCAAGAGGGAGAGUGCUGCCAUCGCCAAGCGAUCAGUAAUCGCGUGAC